UACGAGUUAUUAAAGUGUGAAGUGACAGAGAAGUACAGCAAAGAAGUGAAGCUGUUUCCUUUCAUCCCUCCUCAGUCCUCAGGACAGACACCAGGCUGGUGGUGGCUGCUCAUCGCUGUGUUUGUGGGAUUAGUGGUAAUACUCCCAGUGGUUGUCUUCAGAUGGAAGAGAGCUAAAGGGAACAAAACACAGAUGGCUGACAACACGGCUGAUGCAGAAGAGGGUGUUUCCUACGUCACGGUCAGCUACAAGAAGACCAACAGCAGAGCCCAGGCGGAUCCUGAAGGUGAUGUUUCCUACGCCUCCGUCAGCUACUCCAGGAAGACCGACCGGAGAGCCCAGAGCCGCGGCGAGGAUGAUGAUGAUGAUGAUGAUGAUGAUGAUGAUGAUGAUGCAGUGACCUACACCACCGUGAACCCCUCCUCCUCUUCUGCAGCCUCCGCUCCUCCCAGAGACCGCGGCCCGACCUACGCCAGCAGGCCGAAGAAAUAAGAUGUGUGCUUUUAUAACAAGGAGUAUUUGCGUCGUAGAUUUAGAAAUGUAAGGUCAAAGCAAGCAGAGUUAAAAUAAGAUUAAUCUUCACAGUUGGUCAUGUUGUUCCUUUCAUUCUCAUUAUAAUAGUUUUGAGUUGCUAAUUAGUUUUUAUUGUAGUUUUGUCUAUUUGAUUUCAUUUCAGUUUGGUUAUUUUUUAGAGUGUGUUUGCUUAUAUUAAUUUAGCUUCAGUUUUUUCCGAAAGGUUUAGUGUUCCUUAUAUAUUUGGUUUUAGUUCAUUUGUUGUUAUGGUCGGGCAUAAUGUCUCAGAAGCAUGUAGCUGAAGCAUGUAGCUGAAGUAUGUAGCUGUAAAAUGUACAUGCACAUACAAAAUACAUGAUUGGAGAAUAGCCAUGAUGCUUCAUUUUUAUUUCUUUGCGCUACAUUAGUGUCUGAUUUAAAGCAGUUAUGGCACAGCACCAUCCAGGGACCGGGCUGGAA